AAAACGCUUGAACAACAUGUAUUCAUAUGCAUGGUUUAUAUGUACACAAGGUGUAUCGGAUACAAAGUGGGCGAUCGAGUAUGAAGAGCCAGCUGGGCAAGCUUUUAAACAAAACCAUCCUGACGCGACGGUUUUUGUUGACAACUGCAAUGUGAUUCUUAGGGCUAUAAUGGAGAAAUGUGGAGAUGUGGAUGAUUGUAUCUCUACUACGGAGGCAGCUGAACUUGCAGCUAAACUUGAUGAGAACCAGAAGAGUACUCUGCCACUGCCUUGUCAAGUGGAUUUCAUCAACGGAGGGCCUCCAUGCCAUGUAUAUCUUUAAAUUGUUGUUAUACAUUUUCUAUAUGUUUUGUGGAACAAGUGAAAAGCUGCCGUUCGUAGUACUAAAUUUGGUGCCUUUCCACUCAAUCACGGUGAGAGACACAAUCGGCGAUCUUCCACUAGUAGAAAACGGAGAAUCCAAGCUAAACAAAGAU